CAGAUUCGAAUGCACUUGUUAUAUGCUUGGUAUAAUAAUUAUCUCUCGUUUUUCAUCUGCAAUUCUCUCAGACUCCCUUUGAAAAUGUUCUCGGCAGAAGGGUCUGUGUUUACACUAUUUUUCUUUGAAGCUUUAUAAUGAGCUUUCAGAUCUAAUUGGGUUAUGCUAACUCAAUCCGGUGAAAUUGCCAAGCAUAAAAUCUGCAUUCCUCCAAAACCGAGCCUCCCAGCAGGGACAGAAAUAACCAUAUCAAUUAGAUGCCCCUCCUCUUGGUUUCCAGGCGAGUCAGUUAGGCUCAUUCUCGUAUGGCACGCACGCACUAUUAAUUUUAGCUUUGCCAUUUUUUCUGUUUCGAUUCGGCGAGCCUCGCGCAUCGAGAGAUUAAUUGCGAGUAGCGCGAUAACAUCUUGUUUGACAGUCGAUUGGUCGGUCGAUCCGUUAUCAGAAACGCGAGCGAGGCUGCUGCGUGAGCGUUUGGCAGCCUGUCUGCCGCUAAAUCAUUCGUCUGCAUCUCAUUCAGUGCAUGUGAUGACCACUAUCGCUGAUUACUAUGGAGUCAACACGCUCGUUCAGUACGCCGAGCUGACGAUGAACUGGCUAGUGGACGAGGUGAUGCUAGACGCGGUGAUGCUUAUCGCGCCUAUCGCGAUUUGGAUCGUCAUCAGACACAUACUUGUGGAGGAUAAAGAUGAUCCACGCAGAGUAAUCUACAGCAAAGCAGGAUGGAAUUACUACGUAAAAAAGUUCUGGGCACGGUACUGCUUGGCCAAGCACUGGGUCAAGGAGCCGGCGGAGAAGAAGAAGGAAAUUUAUGCCAUCACGGCUAACGCUUACGAAACCAGGCUGGAGAGCCCUCGAAAAAUAAGGAAAGAGCUGGACAUGGAUGGCAUGGCGAUUUUCGGCUGCGACUCCAAGGGCAACUCUAUGAAACUGAACAUCGUGCGCAAGAUUAGGAGCACCGAGGUGUGGGUCUACCUCAGCCUGGCGGACGGCUCCGUCUACCAACUGCCAGGCCACCCGGACACGAAUUUCGUCAGCGGCCAGUGGAAGCAGUUCGAGGCAGCCGACUUGAAAUUCUCGGUUAUUGAGCCGAUGCGCAAGUGGCGGAUAACUUUUAAUGGCACAUUACGCAAAGGUGUUGCUAAUGAAUGGCGAUUAGAACACGACGAGGCCGCGCUGCUGCACGUCAGAUUCAAUUUCAUAUGGACGGCGUGCAGUGACUACGUCGAGACCAGGGAUUCGUGGGACAAGAGGCUGCUGAGCGAGGCGCUCGCCAGGGAAAGCUGGCGUGAUGGCGACUGGCUUGACAUGGUGCACCUCGAGCCGGAAGGCUACGACCAGUUUGGCGUGAUGGACGGCGUCGUCAGGUUCGGUUCGCAGGACGACGGCUCGCGGCUUUACCUGCGUGGCGUGCGUCAGCGGCGCUGGGGCGAAAUGAACGAGAUCAAUUUGUUACGGGGCGUGCGCGUGCACGGUGUGGCGGUUGACGGCAGUUUUUUCACGUUGAACACCACCUGCAGGCGCGACGGCUUGACACGGGCCAAGUGGGGCCUGGUGCGCACGGCCACUGGAAUGGUGCACCGGAUUAAAAGCAGCAACUUUGAUUUGGAGCAGAUUGCUCACCACAAAAACCUGCCUAGUCAACUGAAGCUAAUGUUUUCAGCAGCUGGUGGAAAAAACUACAUCGCCAGCGUGCAGCUGGAGGAGCGAUCCGGCGCUUUGGUAUACAGUGGCCAUCCUUGGCGGCAGCAAACUUUCCUUCGAAAACUUCAAUUGAACGUGAAUGGCAUGCAGGCCAACGGCUUCACCGAGUUUGCCUACUGGUACCGCGGUGCUUGCAACGCCGAGAAGCCGCCUCCUAUCGCGUUUUUGCGGGCCAAGAAGUGGGACUGCUCGGAAGAUGGGCACGUUCCGCUCGUGUGCGACCUGCGGGGAAAAGCGGCUCUGAUCGAGACGUUAGUGGGCGGAAAGGCGGUUUCUCUUGCACUGCUCAAAUCGCUGAAAGACGCUCGGCAGUUCAGCGUCCCCAGCGGCUUCUGCGUGACCAGCGAGGCGUACGCCAGGCAGACGCAAAUGUAUCCGCAGCUGCAGCUGGCCGUCGAACUGCUCAAAGAGGUUGCCACUGGCCAAAAGGAUCUCGACCUCAAAUCCGUCUGCCGCAAAGUUGUAGACGCCUUUGAGAACACAAAACUAUGUCAGGAAGUAAAAUCCACGUUGGACACAUUUCUGGAACAUUACAGUGAAGACACGAUUUUUGCCGUCCGCUCUUCCGCCGUGGGGGAGGAUUCGGCCGACCUGUCCAGCGCUGGGCAGAAUUCAACGGUUCUGGGGGUGCGCGGCGAAAAAGUGGAGGAGAGCGUGAUGAAGUGCUGGGCCUCGUUGUUUUCCGAGCACUCGGUCCUCUACCGAAAACAGUACGGCCAGGAACUGGAUCCGGGAAUGGCGGUCGUGGUGCAAGUCAUGGUGCCGGCCACUGCAGCCGGCGUGCUCUUCACUAGACACCCGUUCACGGGAAAUCCGCGUCAGAUCCUCAUCACUGCAAAUUACGGCCUCGGAGAGAGUGUUGUGUCAGCGGUUGCCGAGCCGGACUCGGUUCUGAUCUCGCGUAGCUGGAAUAACCACCUGAAAAUCGAGGAAGUGCAGAUUGGAUCAAAGAAGGACAGCAUCUUCGUGUCAAAAAGUGGCGAGGGCACCGAGAGUAUUAAUAUUGCCGAGGAGCAGCGUCGAAAACUGUGCUUGAGCGGCGAUCUGCUCCUCAAACUGGCCCAAAUUGGAGAAGGUCUCGAGAGACUUUUCGGCUCUCCCAGAGACAUCGAGUGGGCCGUCGUCGAGGAGGAAAUUUACCUGCUGCAAGCACGUCCAAUCACGACGUUGGACGCGUGGACGGACCACGAGCUGGAGCACGAGUUCGAUAUGCCAGUGGUGAUGGACAAUGACAUCCUGUCAAUCGCCAACACCGGCGAGGUGUUCCCCGGUGCAACAAAGCCGUUGACCCAAUCCGUGCUGAUCAGACUGCUGGACCUCGAGAUCCAAGAACAAUGCAAUAAGCACAACAAGAACCGGACCUUCUGCAAUCUGUACCAGUCGGUCGUUGGCACCACUUCAAACCACGUUGUUAUCAGCGUCAUCAACACGGUGCUGAGCAACCUGGAGAAGGAAAUCAGCACGACCAACAAGGUGAUGGACUUGGCCGUGUUCGGCCACUUGGUCACCGACGAACGGCUCCACUCGACAGGCGUGCAGAGAUUCGGCUGCAUGAGCACUUUCACCAAGUUCCAUACCAUUUACGACAUGCUUAUGGACACCAUGUCGGCGGGCAGGGUUGAAAAAUCGGGCCAGAGGGAGGUGCGGAAUUACAAAGUGAGCUGCGCGAAAAACGCCACCGCCGACGAGUUGAUGGGCGCCAUCCAGAAAAGCCUGCCGCACUUUGUCGAGAUUAUCAGACUGCACGGCCACAUGUCCAGAGUCAGCAUUUUCACGCAGAUUGCGGCCAUGUCCGUCCUCACCGAAAACGACGCAGACUGGAGGAUGGAUCAUUACACAGACAUUUCUCUGCUGCUUUCUUCGUGCUCGAACGUCGAGUCAGCCGAAAUUCCGAGCCAGCUGCGCGAAAUAGCGGCCGUGGUAGCUGAGGAAGACUCUGAUUUUUUCACGUCUGCCGAGCCAUCGAUCGCUCUUAAUUGGAUUCUUAAAGAGUCGGACGCCGCCUCAAAAUUCAAGGCGUUCCUCGACGCGCACGGACACCGUUCUAUCAGAGAGUUCGAGUUUCACACGCUUACCUGGGGAAUGAAACCGGAAAACCUGAUAAAAACUCUGCAGGCGCUCGUCAAGGGUCCACUGCCAGCGCCGGACAACGCCUUCACCCUUUCUGUUGAUGAAACGUGCCGGAUACUCAAGUCACCCACCAAAAACGGAACCAGGCGGGCGCUGCGAUUUUUGCUGCCGCACUGCCGGACGGCAGUGGCGCGCCGCGAAAAGUCAAAGUCCGGGCUAAUUUGUGCGGUGCACGUGCUGCGAACGGCGUAUCGGCGUUUAGCUCAAUUAUUGGUGCGUGAGGGUCGGCUACCUGAGGCGGAGCUGCUCUUCUACAUGAGCCACCACGAGAUGAGCCGUUUGGUGCGCCACCGAGACCCCGUGCUGCUUGCCAAGGCGGCGCGCAGAAAGCGGCUCUGGCAGCGCUGGGAGGGAUUACAGUUCGAAGAAAUCCUCUUCGGGGUGCCCACCCCCGUCCAGGAGAAGAUUUGGCCGAGCGAGGGUCUGUUUAAGAUGCAGGCGACGCCGGUGUGCGCAGGGGUGGUGCUGGGCCGGGCGUGCGUCGUGUCGGACCUGAGCCAGACGGCUGACAUUGUGCACGGCGACAUCCUCAUCACGCACUGCACCGAUAUCGGCUGGAGUCCCUUCUUCCCGCUGGUGGCCGGCAUCGUCACCGAGCUCGGCGGGCUCAUCUCUCACGGAGCCGUAAUUGCCAGAGAGUACGGCGUGCCGUGCAUCGUCGGCGCCACCAACGCAACGCACAUCUUCCGCACUGGUGAUAUCGUCAGAUUGAACGGAUCAAUGGGUGUCUUGGAGAAGAUUUCUGAGAAGCAACUCGUUGACCUUAAUGCUGACAGCGACUAGCAUAAAUAAUACUAUGGCUGUUUGCGUAAUGCUUUUUAAUGGCAAUCAUGUCACAGUGAUAAUUUUUCAUAAGAUUUUUAUGCUUGAAACACAUCAUUAUAAAACUUUUGUUAUUAAAAUGAAAUAUAGUUUGAAAUUAACUGUAAAGACCAGCUUUUAUUUGACAUUAUUUGUUGAUAUCGAUACAUGUUAAAUAUAUUUAUUGAAUUAUACAUUUUUUCAUAUGAAUU